AUGGGGAGGGAAUUUGUGGUAGUGGUGAGAGAGUACGAUCCAAACAGGGACUUGGAGAAAGUGGGAGAGCUUGAGAAGAGCUGCCAAGUCGGGUCUCUCUUGGUGGAUCUUAUGGGCGACCCGCUCGCCCGGAUCCGUCAGUCUCCUUCUUUCCACAUGUUGGUGGCUGAGAUCGGGAACGAACACAAGGAGAUUGUGGGGAUGAUCAGAGGCACCAUCAAGAUGGUGACACGUGGCAAUAAUGCACCGUCCGACCGCCGUCGGGAAUACGCCGUCGAUCCGCCGGAAAACACCACACUCGCCUUCGUCUCCGGCCUCCGAGUCUCCCCGUUUUACAGGAGGAUGGGCAUUGGACUGAAGUUGGUGCAGAGACUGGAAGAGUGGUUCAGGCGAAACGACGCCGUAUAUGCAUACCUACAAACGGAGAGCAAUAACGACGCGUCGGUCAAGCUUUUCACUGAGAAAUGCGGCUACUCCAAGUUCCGUACGCCCACCUUCCUGGUCCACCCGGUCUUCAACCACCGAGUCGCCGUCUCCCACCGAGUCAGCAUCAUCCGACUCACUCCCUCCGACGCUGAGCUCCUCUAUCUCUGCCGAUUCUCCUCCACCGAGUUCUUUCCCUCCGACAUUGGCUCCAUCCUCAACAAUAAGCUCUCCCUCGGCACUUUCCUCGCGUUGCCACGUGGCAAGUACUCAGCCCGGUCGUGGCCCGGGUCGACCGAGUUCCUCUCCGAGCCGCCCGGGUCAUGGGCGAUUCUCAGCGUGUGGAACAGCAAGGACGUGUACAGGCUCCAGGUCCGAGGGACGUCGCGUUUCAAACGCACUCUCGCCAAGACCUCGCGCUUCUUGGACGCCGCGUUUCCGUUCCUGAAGAUACCGUCGUUUCCGGACGUGUUUCGGCCGUUCGCCAUGCAUUUCAUGUACGGAAUAGGAGGCGAAGGCCCAGACGCGGCGGAGAUGGUGGAGGCGCUUUGCUGUCACGCCCACAACCUCGCCGGAAAAAAUGGCUGCGCCGUAGUGGCUUCUGAGGUGGCGAGCUGUGAGCCGCUCCGUGAUGGGAUUCCUCACUGGAAGAUUCUCUCGCCGGAGGACUUGUGGUGCCUUAAACGCCUCCGUCAGGACGGCAGUGGUGGAGAUUGGGCCACGUCACCUCCUGGCUUGUCCAUUUUCGUUGACCCCAGGGAAAUCUGAUGAUUGUAUAGUGAUCCAAACAUGGAAAAGGACCAAAAAAAACCAUUACCAUAUUGCAAUUUUAUACUCACUUUUCCCCCCCUACACUUCCCAUUAUCACAUGCAUGUAAAUAAAUGGGAAUG